GAGCUGUAUUUAUUGAGAUCGUGCUGCAGACAGUCAAAGUUAUCACACGUCCAGUUUGAUGGAAGGCCACUGAUCUGCAUAUGACUGAAGUCGGAAGGAGUGAAGUUGAUUCUCACGCGUCUCAAUUAGUUGGCCACAGAUUAUUGAUUCUCGCGGCGAAUCAAAAAUUCUCUUUCUUUUCUAAAACUUCAGAGCCAUGUCACUUUACCUGGAACGGACCAUUCAUGACACAGCUACCUCCGGCUUCAUGCGGCAGCUUGAUAUAUCCAGCUUUGUAAUCCCUGUAGUCUUCCAACACUUUGUCACCGCCAAGGCUAGUAUCUCACUUCCGCCGAACAAGGGACUGCCGGGCAGAUCCUCACACACCACAGCGCUCAGUUCUACGGCUGGUGGCCGCCGUACCCGCACUUGUCCCUCAGCGCCCUUCUCCCACAGCCACACGAACUCGCAGUGCUACGAGAAACGCAGACCAGGGAGAUGCACGUGCAUCGAGAUGUUAGCAUGGAUGGCAGUUGAAGUUGUCGAAGCAGUUCUUGGCGCCGGGUACACCGCUUACGAUCUGCACGCCGCAGUCGAUAACCGCAUGCAAUGCCAAUUGUACUGGUGGGCUCGCCUCCACUACCGAGAGCAGCGGCUCGGUGAAAGAUUCGCACCAAUUGACGAUCUUUGACGGUUGCAUAGAUGCGUAUACCCACACUAUCUGGCCGGCUCAUUCAUGAGUGAAAUGAGUUGCAGCACUUGGCUAACUCAGACAAGGGUAAGAGGAUACCGUAUGGUUGCAAAUGCAAAAUUUCUUCCAUAGGACCUUUGGUUUUCAAUGAGAAUCAUGCUGGAUUUCUAUACUUCUUCACCUUCAACCUGGGCUGGCUGACCACGUUGUUCUCGACACUGAUCUGCCUCU